AUGGCGGAGAAAGAGGACACGAGUGAUAGUGAUGGCCCAUUAAUAGAUGACAACGUUAUUCGAAUACAGCUUAAAAAACCUACUCAUAGGAAAUGGGAGCUGCGAACCAGAAACCUUUCACCCGGUCUUAAGUUCCCAACAAUACAGCUGUUUGAUUCCGAAGGGAAUCUAUUAGUUGAAACAAACGACGAGAAUAUAUCGAUUACAAGCUUAGAUCACGAUGAGACCCCUCUUAGAACAAGUCAGUCGUUGCGGGAGAAGGAUUACAAACACAUAGUUAGGAAAAAAAUUAUAAGAAAACACAACACUAUAUCAGGUGAUAGAAUAUAUACCCGCGUUUAUCGUAAUCCCGUACACAUUAAAAAUAACGAUAUCUGUUGUAAAAAUAAUGAAUGUUAUGUAAUCAAAGACGGUAGCUGUAUAACAAACAUUCCAAGUAAACUUACAGUAAACAACAACUUACAUAAUUUGCAAGUAAACAGCCUCGACACCACGCCCUUCCAUUCAGAAGGGCCGAGUGAAGCUAGCAGUUAUAAAAGUUCCGACAAUGAAACCUGCCACGAUUUGCCGACUAAUGACAAAUUGUCUUCCAGUAACGAAGUAUUGGAUGAUAUUGAUUCUACUCAAAACUCGAUAAAUACAUCUAGUGUAUCUUUACACAAUAUCGAUUGCAAUAACGAUAAGACCGAUGUACAGAAUAAUGUUUGUUUGGGACUUCGGACAUCGCAAUCAUUUGACGCCGCCAGACUGCCGGUACAUCAAAAGGGUUCGCAUAAUAUACACCGCUCAAAAUCAAAUGCCAUUUAUAACAUACCCCAAAAUAAGGUUUCCUUUCUCGACACAUAUUUAAAAAGCUUACCUGCCCGCGCAACUUCCAAUCCGGAUCGGUUUACUUCACACCUACGCCAAAUAACGUUACAAACUAAUUCAUGGAAACCGAAGCGAAUCGAAUCUCAACCAUUUUGUGCCCAAAAACCGGAAAUAUAUAAAGUAGAAGAUAAUACUACUGAGAAUGAUUUUAUGAAUAUAUCGACGGACGCGCUCGCCGAUUGUGAAAUGAAAAAACGUUUGAAAAUGUACAGGCGAGGUUUAUCUGAAAUUGAGUCAAGAUGUGGAACAUCAAAUAUAUUACCGAGAAAAAGACGGCACACUGUGAGUGGUGGUAUGCAAGUCACUCGUUCGUCCUCAUCUUCUGAGAGUGUAGACGAAGCCGACGUCGUUCUCAACCGUUUGAAGAGGCGGAUACUUAAGAACAAGUUAAGAGAGAAACGUCGCAGUUUCGUCUCCAAAUCAUCUCUGGAUAACGACGCAUGCAAAGAGAGCGAAAGUGAAUCUCAAGACGAUUGGCGCGAUGCGGGCGGCGGGGCCUUCGUGAGGUCCCGCCUCGCUAUGGGCUCAAACAUCAGCCAGCACUCGGCUAAGGGUCUGAAGGGCCGUCGGGCACGCUCCAGUGGUGACCUCUGCAAUGGCGAAACGAAAAGCCAAACCGAAUCAUCGGUUUGCGGCUCGGUUGUCGGUGACGUUAUGGGCUGGAACAGAUCGCUUCCUAACCAUUUGGACGGGAACAGACAUUUAGCGGAUUACAGCCGCGUCAAUAAUAACUACGGUGACUUCGGUACUUAUAGGAGUCAUCCCAAAGGCGGGAGAGGAUUACGUUAUCGCGUGUCGAAGUCUGGUAAGUCUGUAUUUAUUAUCGUAUCAUAA